UGGAAAGUAGCUUUAGCAUGUAUCAAAGUGUUCUCUUUUAUUAUUAAUUAUUCAAAAAUGAAUUCGUUCGGUUUAUUGCAAAGGAUUUUAACAAAACGCUAUUCGAGAUAAACAGUAAAAACUGCAAAGGUAGGGAACUUAAGAUUCCGUGACAAGAUGAGUGUGGUUGAAUAAGGACGUCCAUGAUAAACUAUGGGGAAGAAGAAGGUGCUGGAUCUGUAUAGAGCCCCAUUUCCACUGUACACCGUCAAAGUGGAUGCCACUACAGGGCUUGUGAUAACAGCUGGAGGAGGGGGUCCCUCAAAGACAGGAAUAAAAAAUGGUGUCCAUUUCCUGGAUGUGCAGAUGGUUGGAAAAAAUCAGUACAGCUCCAGUCUUCUUCACUCUCAUGAUACGGACACACGUGCCACUAUAAACAUGGCUAUUGGGGAUGGUGUGAUUGCUGCUGGACAGGAUGGCAAGUGCAGCAUCAUGAAGUUUAAACUCUGCCUGCAGAAAGAAGAAAAUGCUACGCAUAGAGAUGGUAACACCCUUGAACUAAGCAAUGCCAGACAGAGAUGUGGGAAAGCUGGCAAAGGUAAUCUCAAGAAGCGUUCUACUGCUGGAGACGUGUCGGAUACUAGGAAUGAGACGGUUCAGAUCACAGUGACCAAUAUAGCUGAAGUGCUCUCAGACCUGAACCCACAUGACCCCCUUCAGAAAGUUGUUAGGUUCAGUCCUGACAUGAACCUUCUGUUGACUGGAGGCACCGAUGGAUACAUCAGAGUUUGGGAGUUUCCAUCCCUAGAGAAAAAGUUUGACUUUAAAGCACAUGAAAAGGAGAUUGAAGAUUUGGAUAUGAGUACAAUAAGCAAGCAACUUGUGACUGUGGGGCGAGACUUUGUAUGCAAUGUGUGGAGAAACAACCAACUGGUUACAAGUCUGAACUGGCUUGAAACCAUGCCUCAAAUUGCUGAAAAGACUUAUCGAUAUAUGGCCUGCAGGUUUGGAAAUGGUGAAGAUGAGAAAGAUUCCAUAAGGCUUUACACAGUUCAAAUCCCUCAUAAAAGAGACAAAAAACCUCCUCCGUGCUAUAUCACCAAGUGGGAUGGCAAGAUCUUACUUCCAAUGUUAACAUCUCCAUGUGGUACUGAAGUCAUCUCCUGUCUGGCUGUGAGUGACUCUGGGAGGUUUCUUGGCCUUGGAACAGUAACUGGAUCAGUAGCAGUUCAUGUUGCUUUUUCUCUACAGAAGCUGUACUAUGUUCAUGAGUCACAUGGCAUUGUUGUGACAGAUGUAGUCUUUCUGCCCAACUUGAUGAAAGGCCAAAAUAUCAAAGGAAACAACAAAGCAGCAUUGCUGAGUGUAGCUGUGGAUAGUCGAUGUCAAGUACACACUGUCUCCAAAGAAAGGCCUAUCCCUCCCUGGCUUUUCUUCUGUGGCCUCAUCAUCGUGGGAGUGCUCUUAAUUUUGCAGAACCUUUUUCCAGUGUUGCUCUAAAUGAUGCAUAUUAUCUGUGAUUAAAAGACCUCUGACAAAUUGUCAGCAUCAGCAGCUACUGCUUUAACAGUUUUCAAAAGGAUCAAACCCAAACAACUGUAUACUGAGUACAUUUUUUGUUCUGUGAAUAUGGUUCAGAUUCACUUUACUUUUUGAGAAAGAGGCUUUAUGAAUGUGUUCAUGAAGUUGUAUAAUUUGUACAAAAUGUAAAGGGAUUUUUUUCCCACAUGUGUAGAAACACACACACAAUAACCACUUUGAAUGUUUUCCAUUAUUGUAGAGAUUUGAUUUUGAAAGGAGAAAUAUCAAUUAGAUGGGAAAUAUCAAUUAGAGGACAGCAGCUCUCCAGGACUGGACUUGAGCACCCCUGAUUUAGAUUCUACAACAAGUUAUUGAAGAUGGUCAUGGCUGUUUUAUAAGGAAAGAUGCAGCGCUCUGUAUUGCACUGAAUCGAAAGAACAGACCCAGCCUUCUUUAUCAGGCUGUUGAGCCCAGUUAAGAUGGCUGAAUCACAAUGUUUAGAGUUUAAUUGAGAGUGGGAGAUCUGUGGCACCAAACCUCUCUGUAAAUUGGGCAUGUCUUUGGUACAAACAUGUUUUUCCGGUAAGAAUAUGACCUAAAUGUCAGUUUAUUCACAUGAGAACAGUGUUGUGUUGAAAAAGCUUCUGCAAUUGUAACGAAAUCUAAGAUUUCUUCACUAAACAUUUUCUGUUCAGUUUCUAUUGAACCAAAACACAGCAAAAGCUGAAGAACAGCAACAGCCGUUUGUAUCCUAACUUCCCGUUUGAAUUCUGAUGCAUUUGGUUUGAAGCAAAAUGUAUUAACUGUCAGCGCAAAGGCAAUGGAUAAAACAGCAAUAUCAAAAGAGGACUGGAUAUAAAGAAGAUAUCCUCCUAAAAUGAAUCUUAUUAGCAGCCCACUUGAUAAAGACAAAAGGAAAGUUUAUCAUGUAAGCACUUGUUUUCAGUAUUGUGUGAAUUAAACUGCAUUUGUUUAAUUGUGAAUUUUAACUUAAAAUAACUUUUAUAAAUUAAUUUUAGUUUUCUUAUAUAACUAAAGUAUGUAAAGUAUACUUUAAUUAUACUUCAGUGGUUUGAUUACAA